AUGCCUAGACAAGAAACACUUCAUCUCUAUCCCCUUAGAUGGGAGAAUGAUCUUGAAGAGGAGCGCUUCAAGGUUUCUACCCUUGACUACCUGACUGGUCUCACGUAUUGCAAUUUUGCAAUCUUCUUCCGAGUAAAAGACAGCGACAAAAGAAAAGCGGUCGAUGUUUUAGAGGCCGGCAUUGAGCGAACUCUGAGCCAAGCUCGAAUCCUCUGUGGGACCAUUGAGAAAGAUCCGUCCGGGGGUCACUCCUUCGUGAAGAAAAAAGAAAGCACGGUGCGAUUUAUCGUCCAGUGGCUCGACGCCCCCGAGGACAGUGAUUCAUACCCCUCGUUUCACGAUAUUGCCCAGCAAAACUUUUGCAGCACUUCUCUACCCAAUUUCAAUGAAUGGUGUAUACCUCCCAUUGCAUAUGGUGACAAGCCUGAGGCCCAUCCUCAUCUUAGCCCUGAAGUAGCGGAGUACAAGGUGAAUUUCGUCCGUGGAGGACUUGUCUUCAUCAUGGCUCAUCAUCAUUAUGCAAACGAUGUGAUGGAUGGGCAGGUCUUACGCAUCAGCUAG